AUGGAUGGUGGGGUGCUCAAGUUUCAUCGUGUCUUUGUGCUGUGUUUGAGCUGCCAGGAUGCUGGGGGGUCUGCGAUGAGCCUCUGUGUGUGGAUCAGCGCUGGUUGGACAGGCGCUCAGCACUUCGAGCGCACGAAGGUCCCCACGUCACUCCAGUCAGCGCGCUCUUCUGGAUGUGCACGCAAUUCCUAUAUUACACACACAGCGCCCACCAAAUCAACCUUAUGGGGGAACUGCUUUCCCACUAGUGCUCUGCACGCCAAGUUUCUUGUGCCUAGAUACCCAAAGCACUACGACAAGGCCUUAUCUUUUUUUUCUCUCUCAAGAUUCCUCUUGCACGUCCGGCAACCUGGAAGUGUUUGGAGAAGUGCAAUACCUCUGGCGAUCUAUGGAUUGUUCAGCCUGGGAUGUGUUCUGUGCCUAACCAGAGAAGACAGCGACUGAGAAGGAUUGUAUCAAUACUCUUUCAUUGUGGAUAGAUCUGAAGAGAGAACUGUGCUGUAUGAUUGUCGUUUUACCUUGUUAACAAUUAAAUCACAGUAUUCGGGGUUUCGUGCCUCUUUUGCAAGAACUGUGCGGGGAAAUAUGGCGGAGACUGAAGAAGGCUUUGGGCUGCCAGCAACAACGCACGGCGAGCCCGAGUCCAAGGAACAUUCUUCUGAAAAUAAGCAGGACAGUCUGCUCGGCGCGGCCAGCAAACCUCACUCCCCACAACAAGCAACAUAUAGUCAACAGGGUAUGGAGGGAAUUAAAGUUUAUUUACACGAGCGAGAAUUAUGGUUAAAAUUUCACGAAGUCGGGACAGAAAUGAUCAUUACUAAAGCGGGAAGGCGCAUGUUUCCUAGUUACAAAGUGAAGGUGACCGGGUUAAAUCCGAAGACAAAAUACAUCCUUCUAAUGGAUAUCGUGCCGGCGGAUGAUCACCGUUACAAAUUCGCUGAUAAUAAAUGGUCUGUGACGGGGAAGGCAGAGCCCGCAAUGCCGGGCAGGCUCUACGUUCAUCCAGAUUCACCUGCUACUGGGGCUCAUUGGAUGAGACAGUUGGUCUCCUUCCAAAAGCUGAAACUUACCAAUAACCACCUGGACCCCUUCGGACACAUUAUCCUAAAUUCGAUGCACAAGUACCAGCCCAGGCUCCAUAUCGUAAAGGCUGACGAGAAUAACGGAUUUGGCUCGAAAAACACCGCAUUCUGUACCCAUGUUUUCUCUGAAACUGCCUUUAUCGCUGUGACGUCGUACCAAAACCAUAAGAUUACCCAACUUAAAAUAGAAAAUAACCCAUUUGCAAAGGGAUUUCGUGGAAGCGAUGAUAUGGAGUUGCACCGAAUGUCUCGGAUGCAAAGUAAAGAAUACCCCGUGGUUCCCAGGAGCACGGUCAGGCAACGUGUGGGGUCCGCUGCCAAUCAGUUCAGUGGGGAGGUACGAGUGUUGCCCGUGUCCAACAACCUGAGCUCCCAGUACCAAUGUGAGAACGGUGUUUCCAGUUCAUCUCAAGAGCUGCUCCCUCCCAAUCCAUAUUCACUCUCCCAGGAACAGAGUCCGCUCUAUCAUUGCAACAAAAGGAAAGUAGAAGAAGACUGCAACUCGACCGAGCAUCCAUUCAAGAAGUCAUAUAUAGAAAGUCCUCCGCCUGAAGAUGACCCUUUCUACAGGUCCUCAAGUUACUCCCAACAACAAAACCUUACUCCUUCUUAUCGGACUGACUCAGCACAACGGCAAGCAUGCAUGUAUGCUGGCUCUACACCAGGAACGGACCCCAGCUCCAGCCUUGAUGACAUUAGUUGCAACACUUGGGCCACUGUUCCUUCCUACAGCAGCUGCACAGUGACUGCAAUGCAGCCUAUGGACCGAAUACCCUACCAACACUUCUCAGCACAUUUCACAUCAAGCCCAUUAAUGCCUCGCAUCUCUGGAGUUUCCAACCAUACAUCUCCACAGAUAGGGGAUACGCACAAUAUGUUUCAGCAUCAGACCUCAGUUUCUCACCAGCCCAUAGUCAGGUCUUGUGCUCCUCAAGCUGGCAUUCAGUCUGCAAGCAAUCUUCAACCUGGUGACUACUUGUAUCCACAUGGCAUGUCAAGAACCCUCUCACCACAUCAAUACCACUCAGUACAUGGAGUUGGCAUGGUGCCAGAAUGGACUGAAAAUAGCUAAUUCACAGAUCUCCCAUUGAUCUGACAUACAUGAAUGUUUGUGUUUGAUGAAACU